UUAUUUUAAAAUUAGCCAUUAAUAUUUUUAUUUUUUAAAAGCAGGAAGUUCUUUUUGAAAGUGUUUAUUCCUUUCUGUUGAGCAUAUAAUGCAGUAAUGUGACCACAAACAAAGAGAAGAUGGAGUUAAAAUUUGUGAAAAUUUUCUCGGGUCUGCUUGUAUUGAACUUGGUCCUAUCCCCUGUUCUGGGAAACUUGUACAAGCGGGAAUCUGAGCACGCGGCUCGAGACCCAAGGGAAAUAGGUCAACCGGUGGGUGAAGUUGACCAUCAAAUCGGGAACCUACGGGGACAGACAGGAGAAGGCUACUCCCUGAAAGUCUUAAUUGGCACCCCACCACAAGAGUUAAAUGUAUUGAUUGACACGGGAAGCAGUAAUUUUGCCGUAGCCUGUUCGCAAAAUGAUAAUAUUGAUACCUACUUCAGAAAGGACAAGUCAUCCACAUACGUAGAGGUUGGGACCGCAGUGAAUGUGCCAUACACUGUAGGCAGUUGGAGCGGAACUUUGGGUCGUGACAAUGUUACCAUAGCGACCAUGCCCGGCUCCAUGGUGGAGGCCAACAUUGCAUGUAUCAACGAGGCUGAAAACUUCUACAUUAAUGGAUCAAACUGGCAGGGAAUACUGGGAUUGGCUUACACAGACAUUGCAAGGCCUGACAGUUCCAUAGAGCCGUAUUUUGACAGCCUGGUAAAAGAUGGCAAGUUUCCAAACUUCUUUGGCGUCCAGCUGUGCGGGUUAGGUUACAUUUCACCAAAUCCUGACAAAAUGACAGGAGGAUCAAUCGUGUUUGGCAGUCUGGCUCAUUCCCUGUAUCACAGUGAACUCUAUGCGACCCCGUUGUACAAGGAAUGGUUCUAUGAGGUCAUUCUGGUCGAUGUUGAGGUCAACGGUCAAUCUCUUGCCAUGGAUUGUAAGGAGUACAAUUUUGAGAAGACAAUAGUUGACACAGGGACGACCAACCUCCGUCUGCCACGAAGGGUCUUCACCAAACUAGUCCAUAUGAUGAAACAGCAGAUCACUAAUUCUGAGUGGCUGCAUGAGGGAUUCUGGACAGGCAUUGAGAACCUGUGCUGGCGUGAAGGUCAGGCGCCAUAUGGGGAUUUUCCUGACGUGUCUGUCGUCCUGCCCAUCAAUAAUACGGCAGCCUUCCGGAUCAUGGUAACACCUCAGCAAUACUUGCGGUGGGUGGGAGAUGAUAAUGAUGAUAAGCCAGAAAACGACUGCUUCAAAUUGGCCAUAUCUGGCAUGGAAACAGCUAGUGUACUGGGAGCAAUCGUGAUGGAGGGCUACUAUGUCGUGUUCGACCGUGCCCGGAAACAGGUCAUGUUUGCUGAGUCCACGUGUGAUGGCUUAAAACCUUCCAUCAAUGCCAGCAUUCCAUACUCAGGGAAUUUCAUGGACUGUGCAUACAAGAAGCCUAAAAAUCAUGACCGCACAUUGACGAUCGUGGGGUACGUUAUGGCGGGUAUUUGUGGCAUUUGUGUGCUUCCUCUUAUAUUCCUCAUUGCCCAGUGGCAGUGCCGACGUCUGCGCUGCGGACGGAAACUCCUACGUCAAAACUCUGACAGUAACGAUCUGAUGAACACCAGCUGAUAUAAUACCCCGAAUAUGAAGUACAAAGUGCUGUGAUAUAUUUUCCUUCUUCCAUAUUAAGGAUUGCAAUAACUUGUAUGAACAUGAAGUUCAUGUAACAGUGCGGAAUCUUCUUUGUUUAUGCUUGAAAUUCCUAAUAGAGCAUUCUUAUUUGGCCCAUCCUAUUAACUAGCAUACAAACCAGUAUCAUAAAAUUAAGAACUUGAAAUAAGCGGCAUUAUGAUUAUUCAUUGUAUUGAAAGUGUAAUUUGCAAAUUCAACCUAGUCGAAAUAAAUAACUACCAUUUAUUGAAAGUGACCAUGAUAAUUAAUAUGGUAUUGUGAACACAAACUAUAUAUAGAUGUUGGACUUGUUUCUCCCGUAGUUCCAUGUGAUAUAUAUAGACAUACAUAGCAUGGCUGAGGUGAAAAUGAUAACACAUGAAAUAAGAUCAGUUUCAUUAGGAUUAGAUGUAGUAUACAUAGACUUAAUGCAUGAACAAAGGUGAAGGUCAAUUUUAAUGUCAUGAAUAGGUAUGAAGGUCAAUGGGAAAUAAUAUGUCAUAGUUGACCUUGAACAAAGCAUGAAGGUCACGUAAUGUUAAAGGUGAUCUGAAUCAUUUUUAGUAGUAAUAGAGUGUGAGACGUGAUCUUUAAGUAGAUUGAUAUACUUUAUUAGCACACAAUUACAGGUAGUGAUUGGCCAUGAGAUACCUUAUUUGCACAAAAUUUGUGAUUGGCUGUGAUGUAACUUACGUAAUGGCGCAAAAGUAGUGAUUGGCCAGUAUGUUUGAAAAAAAAAGUAAAGGCAAUAUGCAAAUUAUCUGAUUGUGGUGAUGGGUAGAGGAUAGUUUCUUUCUGGAUAUUGGAAAUGUUGAUUUCAUUUUGUACAUAAUCAUCAUAGAACUACAUGUAUGUAUUGUGGGAUUUAUGCAGAAGGCUCCUAGCAACAUUAAAAAUUAUAAGGUUUUGGUACCUUGAGGCAUAAAACAUCAAACAGUUAUUAAAAGUAGACUUUGUUCAACAAGCACGAAUUCUUGGUCAACAUGCCCGAAUUCUUAUGGUCAACAAGACUAAAUUCUAAGGGUAAAAAAGCCUGAAUUCUUACAGUCAACAAGCCUGAAUUCUUAUGGUCAACAAACCCAAAUUCUUACGGUCAAGAAGCCUGAUUUCUUAUGGUCAAUAUGCCGGAAUUCUUACCUGGUCAACAAACCCAAAUUCUUACGGUCAACAAGCCUGAUUUAUUAUGGUCAACAUGCCGGAAUUCAUGUUGACCCGGAAUUCUUAUGUGGUCAACAAACCCAAAUUCUUACGGUCAACAAGCCUGAUUCUUUGUGGUCAACAUGCCGGAAUUCAUGUUGACCCGGAAUUCUUACCUGGUCAACAAACCCAAAUUCUUACGGUCAACAAGCCUGAUUUAUUAUGGUCAACAUGCCGGAAUUCAUGUUGACCCGGAAUUCUUACGUGGUCAACAAACCCAAAUUCUUACGGUCAACAAGCCUGAUUUUUUGUGGUCAACAUGCCGGAAUUCAUGUUGACCCGGAAUUCUUACGUGGUCAACAAGCCCAAAUUCUUACAAGGUCAAGCCCAAAUUCCUACAUGGUUAACAACCCUGAAUUCUAAUGGUCAACAAGCCCGAAUUCUUAUGGUCAACAAGCCAAAAAUUUUACAUUGCAAUUGGGUUUGAUAAAGUGUUACAUGCCCUCCUACAUAAAUUCAGAUUUUGAACAAGCUAUGCAAAUGUUCUAUCACAACAGGACUUGCUGGCUGGUGCUUAUUUUUACCAGUGAUAUAAUUAUAAAUAUGUUAAAGUAAUAAUAAUUAGGCAAAUAUUAACUAUAAUGGUAAUCUGUCAGUCACUGUGUAUAAAACAUUGUAUGUAUUUGUUAUUAGAGUUUAAGUAUUUUAUUUGCAAUAAUUUCUACAUCAUUUUUUACUUAUAUUUGUACCAUAAAUGACGUCACAAUCAUGAAAUAACGUCAUGAUAUAUAUUUUAUAUAUAACUACAGUUGAAACCGGUUGGCUCGAUAUUGCUUGGCUCGAUUUCCUUGUUGGCUCAAACUUGAUGUAAGGACCAAUUAUUUUUUUUAAUCGUUCGCGCUAGGCUCGAUAUUUGUUACGUAUUUAGGCUGGGCCCUGGGAUAUCGAGCCAACGGGUUUUCGACGGCAGUGUUACAACUCUUGAAGAGAUGUCAUAACUGAAUAGCGUUGUAAUGUAUACAUGUUAUCUAGUGAUGUUAUGUGUGUUUUUAAUGCUAUAAUUUAUAAAAUAAGUAUUUAUGAUAUACAUACAUUAUUUAUUACACUCACCAUGGCUUGCUAUUAUCAGUCAUAGUAAACUCUUCAAAUAAAUUCCAUAUUAAGUGACCAUUCAUUUAAUGUCCUAAAUGUUCCUCGUAUAAUCAUUACAAUAUAAAUUGCAUAUUUUCAGUUUAUGCAGGUAACAUUUUGCAAUUUUGUUUUCUAUGCAUCAAUUUGUAAUCAGUUAAUGUAUAUGUACCAGUAUAUUGCAAUGGAUGUACCAGUAAUAAGAAAUAUUGAAAUUAUUUAAACAAACUUUUUAUUUUGUCAAGUAUUUCUAAGUGUGCCAUGCAUUUUUGCUUAAAUUUUAUUUGCACUUAUUUAGACAUCAUAUUUUGAUUUUCAAAUAGUACGUGAUCGUACGUUCAUGGGCCAAUUGUUCAGAACUUUGGUAAAAUUAACAACGUUGUUAAUGUUGUAAAAUGCUCGUUACUAUCUUUAAAAGGUGAAAUAUAUUGGAACAUGCUCUCAUAUUUAGAUAAAAAAUGUAAAGCGGUAACUGUAAGUAAAACUGCAGAUUACCUAAGUUUCCAUUUUAGUUCCAAAGCAAGAAAGAUUUGAAAGUUAACAACGAUGACGUUAACAACAUUGUUGCCUUAAUAACGUUCUAAACAAUCGGCCCACUGUUUCAUAUAAAUAUGAAUGCAGGGGCCAUCUCAGUAAUCUCGAGGCGUGGUUUGUACAACCACUUUUUUUACUAGUAAUUGAUAUUUCCUAGUAGUUAUAGUAUCAAUUUGAAAAAUAAGAGCUUAUUGUCGGUUAUUGCAGAGUUUUUAUGAUUUUUCAAGUUAAAUUUUCAUUUUUUGACACUCACUUAAUAUUUAACUGAACUUCUUGAUUUUACAAUGUUUUGUCGAUAGCUCGUCUAUAAGAUUGCCCCUCUUGUGGAACCCUUUUUUUCAUUGCAAUUCUUUGCAAGUUUUGUUUGUGAAAAAUACCUGCUAAUAUCUGACAUUUAAAGAUAAAAAAAUGUUAAUUUUUCAUAGAAUGGAUUUGGUAAAAAGUUACUGUCAGUGAAUCUCUAUUUUAUUUUUUUAUUUUUGUUGUUUCAAGAGUAAGUAUUCAGAACUACCGUAUGCAAUAAAUUGGCGCUUCCAUGCUGAAAGUAGACCUUAUGCAAGCGGUUCGUAUUUAUAUGCUUAAUGAAAUAUAUCAUUUUGAUAUUUCAGCUUCUUCUUAGAGUUACUUAUUGCAAAUCAACUAUGCUUGUUUUUUUGUUGUUUUUUUGUUCUUGUUUUAAAUAAUAAUAACCAGCAAAGUCUAUGUUGAUCUUGUAAGUUUUUGUGCAGCUGACUUUUAUUCUGUUGUGGGAGUAUUCACAAUCAUUCUUGUCAAAUUAGAAAUGUUUGUGAUUUUAUUUUUCAUAAUAUGUGAAAUGCAUUCUUUCUGUUUAGUAAGUCUCUUUUUCAUAGAAAAAAAGUUAAUUUUCUGAAAUUUAAAGCUGCACUCUCACAGAUGGACUGUUUUUACACCUAUUUUUUCGUGUCUUAAAAUGAGCCAAUUUUGCAGAAAGGUCCGGAAACCAGGGAUAAAAGACUGCUGACAAAAGAUCAGAUCACAUUCUUUUCAUAUUUACGUUUGGAAAUUCAACUUAGAUGUUUUAUGCCGAAAAACUCAUUCCACAAAACUUCAGUUUCGAACAUAAGUGUUUAAAACUUCAAUCUGAUAUUCCGUCACCAGUACUAUAUCACUGGUUUCCUGAUAUUUACGCCAAAAUUGGAUCAUUCCAAGACAAUAAAUAAUCAAGAUAGGUCUACAUAAUGCCAUCGAUUCUUUGUUGUUUUAGUUUUGCCAUUCAUAUGAGUACUUGAUAACAUUUUUAUUUCUCUUAAUAUGUAAAAUUAUGCAACAUUGAUGUAUUUUAUUUGUUUUCGCUAUAUAUUUACUACAUGUAUUGUUGUUAAGCUAUAGAAUGCUAUUUAAAUAAAUGAGUCCCCUAUCA